ACCUUAUAGUAUUUCCUAUAUAAACCCUUCUCCACACAUUGUACUCUUUCGUGCCAAAGUACAAAACUUGUACAAUAACAAUCCUCUUCAUAGUAUCAUAACCUCUCUCUCACACUCAAACCUAAACAUUCCUUAAAUUGUCUAUCAAUUUUUUUCACUAUACUAUUUUUCAAAAAAAAAAUAAAUUCACAAGCUAUUUUGAAAAUUAAGUCUCUAGAGUCAUCAAUUUUUACUUUUUUAUUUUACUACAAUGAGCAACAUGAAGAACAAAACAGCAAAAUUGUUGAAGCAAAUCAUAGCUGGUUUAACUUCAAUGACAAAGUCGAAAACUAUGGCUUUAAAAUCGAAAACAAAUGCCAUCAAAGCUCGUUUGAUUAUAUUCUCACUUAUGAAGAAUAAAAAGUUCCUUAUGAGUUCAAUUUCAGAUAAAUUUCAUUCUGUUUGGGGGAGCCAUUCUCAUCAUCAUUCCAAGGAUCACGAAGAUUGUUUAAUUGAAGAAGGUGGUGGAAAUUGUGAUGAACAUCAUCAUCAUAGAGCUUUAGUUGUGUAUAACAACAAUGCUCACACUUACGAAGCGUUGCCAAAUCCAAGCGAAACACAAGAAGCCGAUGAACAAGAUCAAGAAGAUGGAUAUGAUGGUUACUAUGAUGAUGAUGAUAAAUAUCCUGAUUUGACUCACACUCUUUUUGAUUCUGAAGGUUUGGAUUUUGAUGGAUCGGUGAUCGAUAAGGUGAAGAAUUGUAAAGAAGAAGCCGGAAAAGAGUUUAAACUCGAAGAUGAUAUCGAUGAAGUUGCUGAUCUUUUUAUUCGGAGGUUUAAAAGGAAUAUAAUCUUGCAAAAACAAGAUUCAUUGAAGAGGAAGAGGGAAAUGAUCCAAAAGGGUACAACUUGAAUUUCAAGUUCGUUCUUGAUUCAACGACUCUGCAGUGACUGCACAGAAUCCAAACUCGUCGAACUAUAUUAUAUAAAAGCUCAACCUCAUCAUUCUCUCCCUUUAUUAUUGUUUUAUUUUUAAAAAAUAUGGGAGAUUAGUAGGAACAGCUUGGUUUUUUAUUUAUUUAUUAAGAUAUUAUAUUAUAUAUGGUAUUGGUUGGUUGGUUUUUAAUUAAGAUGAGCACAACCUAGAAUUAAUUAACUAGGGUGGUGUGAUUGCUUUGUUCUUUUAUUUUGUUUUCUUCCAUUUUACUUUUGGGUGGUGGUGUGUCAAUGUACUCCACCAUGUGUUCUCUUUUAGAGGUAGUUUUGUAUCAAAUAAAGAAAAGAGAAUAGAAAUGGAACAUGUUGCUUAAGCUUAUAGAUGUUGUAAUGUUAACUACAUCACAUAUGUUGGGGCCUCAA